GUACGAGGAUUAGCUUGGUGAGCUGCUAUAGUGUUCGGUCGGAUGUUGAAGAGCCAUUGGUUCACUACAUCCGGCUGCUGUGACUCUGGCGUUACAUAGCUGCUGUUUUUUGCAAACGAAAUCCAUCUCGCGGACACUUCUGCGGCCAACUCUGCUGUCCAUCGAGCCUUCAAUCGGUCCAUUUGCGGUCUGUGCAGGCUAUGCAAUCGUCCCGGGGGCACAGCCCACGCAGUUUUGUUGCUGGAGGGGCGCAAUCUGCCGUGAUGGCGUGGUGAAUCUCAUCUUGUUGAACUCGCAGCCAGACGUGUCCAAGUCCUACAAGUGACAUCAAGCUGGGCACACCUUCACGGGUUUGGAUUGUCGUGUUGAGUGUAUUUGUAACUAUCGGCCCCUUCUCAUCCUCAGUAGUACCUUUCUGCUCAUACCCCUCCUCGAUUCGCUCCCCCUCUUCUUGCUGUUCCUUCGUGAAGCGCACAUUGAAGACUUCGCAGGUCGACGGAAAAGAUUUCGACAUCAUCCGACGUUGAUCGCGUCCACAAUGGGGCUCCUGCUCAUUGCUCCAGUAAUCAUGAUCCUCGUGGCGUGCGGUCAUCCCCUCGGAAAUGGUGGCAUGCUCGCCACGGCGUUGGAUGCCCAAGCUUCCCAAGGCGCUGCUGCGGCUGCUUCAUCCUCGUCGACUGUCGGAGCAGCUUCUUCAUCUGAUCUCAGCUUCUCGGGAAGGCUCUGGCAUAGGCGGACUUCCGCCGGAGAAGAGGAACCUGGGCCCAAUCGUUGGGACGGAAGCUUGGCGACCGUGGACGAGCAGGGAAAACUGCAUCUUACGAUCUCCAGGAACGCAAAGGGAGGGUGGUCAUGCGCCGAGGUUCUCCUUCCAUCGUCUUUGGGGUACGGCACUUAUACGGUGCGGGUGUCAUCUCCCAUAAACGGCCUGCACGAGAACGUCGUCCUGGGGCUUUUCACCUAUGCCGAUGACGCACAAAGAGAGCUGUCCAACCCCCAUCGCGAGUUCGAUGUGGAGGUGGCCAAGUGGGGCGUUGCCAGCGACACCACCAACACCCAGUACGCAGUCCAGCCGUACCAGCUGCCGGGCCAACGCCUCCGCUUCACGGUCGCCGGGCAGGACUCCACGAUCCAUACAAUGACUUGGUCGCCCAGCUCUGUGUCCUGGACCAGCACCUCCGCGUCUUCGGGGGCGGUUCUCCAAACCUGGUCCUUCGAAAGCUCGCCAGAGGUGGGCGCCGUGCCAUCACCGGGCAGCGAGGUGUUCCACAUAAACCUCUGGCUGUUCGAAGCCAGCCUGCCUCAACACCACGCGGAUGUGGAGGUUGUUAUCGACUCCUCCUUCACACCUCUCAAGGCACCGGGUCGGAAGCUUUUAUCACUCCAACGGCUUCGCCGGCAUCGUGGCCAGCGCUCAGCAUCAUCACCGUGAUUCAGGAUCAUCUUGACGGGUUGAAACCGUUGAAUUGGAUAUUUAUUGCGCAUGUGUUCAUUUGAGGGCUGAUAAAAACAGUCCACUUCG